CCGACUAGAACCCUUAUAAGCCAUGGGUCCUCUUAGAGUGGCCAUUAUAGGAGCCGGGGUGAGCGGGCUCACUUCAAUCAAGGCCUGUCUGGAGGAGGGGCUUCAGCCGGUCUGUUUCGAGCAACAUGACGAUCUCGGCGGCGUGUGGUACUACUCAGACGAUGUCAGACCUAACCAGGGCUCCGCCGUGUACCGGUCUCUCAUCACGAACACCAGCAAAGAAAUGAUGUCGUUUAGCGACUUCCCCUUCCCUAAAGACACGCCCCCCUACCUGCCGUACCACCGUGUGUACACAUAUCUACAGGACUACGCUCGGCACUUCGACCUGAGGAAACACAUCCGGUUUAACACGCAGGUCAGCCGCAUACAGAAGACGGAAGACUUUGAUGAGACAGGACGGUGGGAGGUCCGUACUGUACAGACGGGUCACGGCGAUGGGGAACACAGAGAGACAUUUGACGCCGUCAUGGUGUGUAACGGCGUGUUCGCCCGGCCCUACGUUCCCGACGUGCCUGGUCUGUCGGACUUCGCAGGUGUCACCAUGCACAGUCAGGAGUACCGGACUGCCCAACAGUUCGCCGGGAAGAAAGUUAUUGUUGUUGGGGCGGGAAACUCUGCAGGUGACGUGGCGGCGGACAUCGCUCAGGUAGCGUCACAGGUGUACCUGAGCCUGAGGGACGGUGCCUGGGUUCUCCCCCGCCUGGCUCAGGCCGGGAUGCCGCGGGACAUGCUGCUGCGCCGGGUCCUGAUGAACAUGCCCGACUUCAUCGUCAACAAAAUCAUCAGGCGCGAGGCGAACGCCAGAGUGUGUCAUGACAACUACGGGCUGACGUGUCCGGCUGAACCGCUCAAUCAUUUAAUCAUGGUCAACGACGAAAUAGGUUACAGACUGACUACUGGGCAGGUCAUCGCGAAGCCCCAGCUCUCCCGAUUGACCCAGCACGCUGCUCGGUUCGCGGACGGUAGUACAGUGGACGGACUGGACGCUGUGGUGUUCGCCACGGGCUUCAACCUGGCGUUUCCCUUCAUCGACGAGUCCAUCCUUCCUAGUAAGAAAGAGGACCUGAACUUGUACAAGAUGGUGUUCCCCGCGGAGCUCACAAAACCCACCCUGUCUGUGAUUGGCUGCCUGUCGUCCAAUGGGCCGCAUCCUCCUAUCGACGAACUACAGGCCCGCUGGGCCGUCAGGGUGUUCUUGGUAAGGCUAUGUUGAUUUGAUUAUAUAAAUGACAUCCUGUGGGAACCUCAAAAAUGAUGCGAGCGUGCGAAUAAAAAAAUUGCUUUCCUCUGCUACUUCGGCCCCGCUUUCUCAGUCCAGUACCGCCUGCUGGGGCCACAUCCCUGGUCGGGUGCGGCUGACCACGCCAAGUCAGCCCUGGCUAACACCCUGUACCCCUUCAGGUCACCUGCACUGGUCAAGGAACAGUCGUUCCUCUCAUUGACCAAGAUUAUGAAGUUCCUCUUGUUGUUGGGGGUACUGGUGGUGGUGUUUAAUCGUUUCAUGUAAUGUCAAUUUACCAAAGGACCUCAAAUUCCUCACUUUGUAUAUAUGGUGAUGUAUUUUUGGAUUGCUUCAUCCGAAGUCCCACUGAUCAGAAUCAGUAGUCUUUGAAAACAAAAAUGUUACUAUUUUAAAUGAAGCCUCCUUUAACAUAACUAUGUGAUAUGUUUAUUGAUAUUUAUUCCAUUUAAAUGUACCAAUUUAACGUUAUAAGAUAUCGUGGAAGGGUUGACAUACCAUUUAUUAUGUUUAUUGAACGAAAACAUAUUGUUUUUGCUACGUAUACGUUUCCUCUUCUUCUAUAAACAGUGACCUCUGACCUGACUUAACCAGACUGGUGUUGGGUUACAUAUAAUGUUGCAAUUUUAUGGUAGUAGGGAUUUUUAAUAGACUGAAUGUAUUUGAGUAAGAAUAUUAACAGAGCAGGACAAUAUGCGAAGGUAAACAUUAUGUAUUUGCUUUGCAAAUGUAACUUUUCUAGUGAUAAUAGUUUUAAUUGCAGUCUGUAGUCAAGCUUUUCAAAAAGGAAGCCUCCAGUCGAAUCAACUGUAGGUCUUCAGCAGUGUAAACACUGUCCAAUGAUUGGUGAUUGAUUAACGACAACUGUGACGUGUUGUCUGAGAAAUGGGCGGGACGGCUGGUCGACAACUGGUCAAAACAAACCACGCCUCAAACAAAGAGGUGUGAAAACUAACAACACCGAAUUGUAGCUAUAAUUAACUUAAUCACUGAUGAAGUGUGUGGAUCGGUCGACAGACGACGACGUGAAUAAAACUCGUUCCCAGGUGCUGUGUGUGUGCAUCUGUCAUCAUUUCAUUACGAUUUGACCCAGGCAGAAUUUUUUUAGAGGACAGCUCUAUCAAAAUUCAAAAGAAAUUGUUCAA